CAAAUGCGGGCGAUGCUGGAUCAGCUCAUGGGAACGGCCAGGAAUGGUGAAACCAACCGGUUCUCGACCAAAUUCUACGACAACAAAGUAUGUAAGAGUUUUUUGUUAGGCUGCUGUCCGCAUGAGAUCCUCGCCUCAACGACACGUCGCUACUCCUAACAAUUUCAAUUCUACUUCCUCGUGUCGGAAUUAAGAAUGUAGGUUGGUUCUAGACCAUAAAAAUCACCCAGUCAAACCUGGUGUGGCGAUGUCAGUUGUAGGCAAUCCGAUGAUCGUAAGUACUAUUCUAACCGCGAGACUGUGAUCAUCCUAAAGAAAACCAAAAAAAAAAAGCGUUUUGUGUAUUACCUCUUUCAAGCAGGAUAGCUUUUGGUUUGUUUGACUUGUAUUGAAGGAAUCGGUAGAGUUGCACGCGUCCUGCAAAGCAAAGCAAACCGGGGCACAUCAGACGCAGUUUACUUCGUGUCUCCAAUAGUAUUCAGAAUUGUAAUGCAUUGAUGGGUACGUAUAUACAUAAAAACAAAACAAUGAAAUAGUCAAAACUGUAAACCACCGCCAUCACCGUUGUCGUCGAAGGCUUUCACGCGCGAUUGGGUAUGUACAAAAUUCAAAUCUUUGGUAACAUCCUUGAUCUACACACACAUUCCAAAAACUAGUAAUAAACAACUUGGGACUGUAUGUUCUCGUGUCAAUCGUGUAACUUUGUAGUAUCUACCAACUUUUCGAACGCUUCUGGAAGGGUUCUAAUAACCGCCCCUAUCUCAGACGAUGCAAAAGUGUGUCCUAAUCUAUAUAGAGUCACCACAUCUGUACCUCCGGCGUCCCAACGAAAUACAAAAAAUGCAGAGUUCGAACGUACGUAUACUAUACAAUUUUUCGUUUGUUUGUUAACAUACUGUUUAUACUGAUCGGAUGAUGAUUCUUUUCAAUGUAACGAACGAAUUUUUCCGGGGACUCAUCUCUUCGUACGUGCUCCCCCCGUUUCGUAUUUCCGACGAGAGACAAUGCUGAAUUGUAGCAGUGUCGGAAGUUUCCGUAUCAGAAAAAAAUACUUGAGUUGUACCUUGUUCUACAACGCUUAGCUCGUGUGGCAGGGAGGUUGUGUUGCGUAUAAUAUUUGGUGAGUAAAAUAUAGCUACAAUCUGGAACUGAUGUCGUUAUUGUGUAGGUCGAACUUGAUUUGAAUAGAAAAAAAAAUUAAAUCGAAUGAAAUAGUAGAACUUAUGAACGAAUUAAGUCGGUUUAUUUGAAUUGUUGAUAAAUGAAUCACGUAUUUGUCGGUUUCGUCAAUCCGUCAAUAAUCCGUUUCUUCCUUCACCAACAAUUUCAAAUGGUACAUGUGUUAUAUUGUGUGCCUUUUUACUAACACAAGUUUUCAUCAUACUCACUCCUUAGAGUUGACAUUUGUAUAUUUCGUAACUCAUUUUUGUACUUUUUUUAAAAAUGUCUUUGAAUUAAUUUAAUAAGCAUCCGAACUUAUUACGCUUUUUACACGAGGUAACUAUCACUGAAAGCUACAGCAUGACAAAACACCUCUAAUGUCUAAUAAGUAAACCACAUUGAACAAAACAAGAACAACAAUUUGAAUAGCUUAUAAGGACCAUUUUGUGGAGAAGGUUGUGGAUCCAAUUGGUAGGAUUUACUGCUAACUCAAUAUUCCAAGAGAUUUUUAAUAACCAAUCCAGCAAUCGUCUAAAGUUCCUAUUGCACGAAUUUGGAUCCGUAUUUCUGAAGUUUAUUUCAUACAUAAUCUAUCUCUAAAAUCUUGAGAAUUUCCCAAUUCUAUUCGAUUUUUUCUCUAAAUUUAAAAUUAAUAAAUAGUUGAGUAACAACAAGUAAGUAGCUACUUAGGUGCAGUGUCAAUUGUUUUUGUUUAAAUGAUUUAAAAAAAUCCUGGCCACAAUAUAACACAUUGACGAAAAAGUAGAAAGAACAUCAAUUUGACCUAAAAUAAUACCAGAAAACCAAAGUAGAAUAUCAGUCCCCUGGCAGCUCGCUCCUUGUUCGAUCCGAAAGCUAACUUUUUAUCACUUUUCUUUCUCUCUUCCAAUUUCUCGCGUAGCGCAUGGACCUGGGAGAUUGCCCAAAGGUACACGAUCUUGCCCUCAGAGCCGAUUACGAGAACGCUUCAAAGACGAAGGAUUACUACUACGAUGUCGAUGCAAUGGAGCACCUGCAGGCAUUCAUUGCCGACUGUGACCGGCGGACAGAUGCGGCCAAGAAACGGCUGGCGGAAACACAGGAAGAGCUGACGGCAGAGGUAGCCGCCAAGGCCAAUGCCGUCCACGAACUGGCGGAGGAAAUUGGUAAGAAACUUGCAAAGGCAGAAGCUUUAGGUGAAGCAGGACAGGUCGAGGAAAGUAUGAUGCUGAUGUCAGAGAUUGACGAGCUGCGCGCGAAAAAAAUCAAAGCCGAACAGGAGUACAGAAGUGCCAUCCCGGCGAGCAGCUAUCAGCAGCAGAAGUUGCGUGUUUGCGAGGUUUGCUCGGCCUAUCUCGGCAUUCACGACAAUGACGUACGAUUAGCGGAUCAUUUUGGCGGUAAGCUUCAUUUGGGAUUUUUGGCAAUUCGGGAAAAGUUAAUAGAACUCGAGAAGACCGCUUUGCCUCGGCAGAAAGAACUUAAAAGAAGCGGUCGCCGCGAUGGCGACUAUGACGAUAAUCGCGGAAGGUCUCGAUUUGUGGGAGGACGUGAACUUGACAGACGAUCACGGGCUUUGGUCCGAGAGCGCGAACGUCGUGAAAAUAUGGAAGACCAGAAGCAACAAGAACAGCCACAGGAGCGUCUUCGUUCCAAAAGCAAGGAAAGGCGUUCGAAAAGUCGCGAGCGAAAACCAGAACGUGAUCGGGAUCGGAAUCGUGAUCGCGAUCGGAACCGAGAUCAAGACCGUGAACGUGAUCGUGAUCAAGAUCGUGACCGUGAUCGGGAACGGGAUCGCGAUCGGGAGCGCAACCAUAACCGUUAUCGUGGCGAUCGUGAUCGGGACCGUGACCGCGAUCGCGACAAUCGGGAUCGUCGACAUCGUUCGCGCUCACGGGAAAGAUCGAGACGGUAAGCAUAAUCUAUCUCGCAGUCGAUAGAACCAUGUUUACUUUUCAUACAGCGAACGGCAGAAGCGAUACAUCAGACGGAUAAAAUCUGCGAAACGGGUGCGGUUUGAGCGAUGUCGUGUAGAUAGAGCACUUAUUCUGGCUACAGAAAUCAAUGUUUUUCGAGCUAGCAGCAUGGAUCGUAAGGAAUAUUUUAUCCAAUUUCACUUCAACGUACUUUUACUAAGUGUGAAUGGUGUAGAAAAAGUGUUUAACGUGUAGUGAAGUAACGUGGAUACACGUCUUUAUCCGUAAAGUUGACGGAACAUGAAAACUACCUACAACAUGAAAUCGGUAACUUAUUAAAGAAUAAAAUCGAUAAUAUCCUCGAGAAUGUGUAUUCCAACGGAAUGAAACGUUCUUAUUGUACAAUAUCUAAGAAGCAUUGAAACGAUUGAGUCGAGAACAGUACGCAGUAUGUGUUUAUCUCAUCAGUGUUUUUCAAAAAGCUCCAGGCGGUGUGUUCUAUCAGGAAGCGAACGCGAAGAUUGGUAAGAAUUUUUUUGUAUUUGUUUGACCUGAUAAAAUUAACCUCAAUGAUUUGUUAGAUAUGAUUUUAAGUAAAAUUUCAGUAACAAAAGUAUAAACCAUAUCCGUCAUUACGACUGUUAUCUUGCGUUGUAUUACAAUUAAACACAAUACACAGAAUCUUGAACAUUAAAUAGUGAUCUACAACUAUCAUCCCAUAACCAUGCUACAUCCCAAUAAAUAGAUGUGUUUAGCUCUAAGCUCUAACGGGCGAAAUAUCAUAAUUGCGAUUACCGCUAUAUAAUUGGAUAAUGAAUAAAAAUUAACAAGUAGUUUAUUACAAUAA